GUGACGCAAUGUACGUUCAUUUGUAAUUGUAACGCGACAGUGCCAGCCCCUGCUAAAGUACUGCUGCUAGUGCUAUUCGGCAAAGAAAUCCACCGUCACCAGUGAAUCGAUAUUUAUUUCUCAUCAGAACUAUUUUGUUAUUAAUAGUAUAAAGAAAGGGAUCGACAUGGAUGCUGAAAUAAGUAUCGAAAACUUGAGGAUGACGUCGGCUUGUGAUGAUUUUCAGGACAGCAAUGAAGAUGGGACAAUGAACCUAGUGCAUGUGAGAUGUCAACAGCGAAAUGGCCGUAAAAUGAUUACAACAGUUGAGGGAAUUCCACACAUUUAUUCACAAACCCGCCUUGUCAAGAAAAUGAAAAAGUUCUUCAACUGUAAUGGAAACGUGAACAACGAAAAGGAUUUUGGAGAAGUGAUCCAGUUGCAAGGAGAUCAGAGGAAGAAUGUCAAGGACUUCCUUGUCAAAAUUGGACUUGCCAAAGAUUCUCAGGUUAAACUCCAUGGCUUUUAAAUCAUCACCCUCCUGUUUAUUUAAAAUUUAUUGUUUUCUUUUUCAACAUUGUGAAUUGUUUAAAAAACAAAACAGCUGUUCAUCUCAUUCUGACUUUGCAUGGUAAGAAUGAUCAAGGAGAGUGUUACCUACAUGCACAUGUAGUGUGUGCUUCUGGUGUCAUGGCUCAUCAACAAUUUGUGGUGUCAAGGUUGAGGUUUGUUAAUAGAGGGAUCCCAAUACGACGCUUUGAGCGUCGAUCUGCGCACUUCUGCGUUUGAAAACAAGGCUGUAUGUGUCA